ACAGUGAUGGUGGGACCGUUGGGAUCUAACAUUACCGUUCACACGGAGUAAUUGUUGGUCUUUAAAGAAACCAAUGAGCGCCAUAUUUCCAUUAAAAACUAUUUUAAUACGGGCGUAUGGUUUUUCUAACGGUUUAUCUAACGUUAGUUAACAAUGUCGCGUUUUUGUUGACUUGCUAGUGUCUCACACACCCGGUGCAGUGCUUCCAUUGGCAACACAAUAUCUCUACGGUUCUUUUCCUUCACUCUCACUUGACAUGGACCUGGACAUUCGUCAGUAUCUAACCAGGGCAAAUGAGCAACGAGACUCCGGAGCUCUCCGGUCAGCCUACCGUUUAAUCACGGACAUGACGGCAGCUGCAACCAGCGGGCGAACUCCACGCGUUGCCCCGGAGCUGCACGUCGCUUGUGCGGAAGCAGCUCUACAGCUGGGUUGUUUGGAGAUAAGCACGGCGUGUCUAAAGAUGUACUUUGAAGGGAAUCCGCCGGCUAAUCAAUUUUUGUGUCGAGCCUACCUCUGCCAGGGCCAGCUGAAGUCUCCGCCGGCCACUGGGAGUGUGGCAGACUUUGAAGAGGCUGUGCUGCAUUUUCUUAAAGCAAUUGAAAUCUCAAAAUCUGAACAAAGAUACCACUUCCUAGUGUUCAAUGCCUCCGUGCUGUACUUCCAGACAGUGCGUCCUCUCUUGCAGCCAGGGCGGUGCCUUCACCUCAUCCCCUCCCUCAGGCAGGUGGUCCAGAGUCUGGAGGAUGUGGCAGACCAGGACCACAGCUGGAGGGCUGAACUCAUGAUGCACCUGAUCAAAUGUCUUGUGGACUGUGGGGAAACGGAGGAUGCUGUAAAUUUAGCUAAAGUUACAGAAGAAUUCAUCAAGUCACAUACCCCACAUCUUUAUCAGAGACUCUUUAUGUUACUGGUACAUCACAAGCUGGCAGAGAGUGAUGUCCUCAUUGAAAUGAGCAGGCAGUGCACUACCUUAACAGUCAUUUACAAAGUACAGGAAUUUAAAAACAGGUUGAAAGAAAUGAAUGAGGGUGAGUCAACCAAAGAGGAGCUGGAGCAGAUUUUCCAUUUCCUGGUGGACUGUAGCAAAGUAACGACUACGCCUGUGAACUCCAGCCCUCUUCAGAGCCCAACACCCAUCCAACCAGCUGACAGAUCUGCCUUCCUCCUGGAGUUGGCUCUGCUGGCCUUGCAAGUGAGGCAUCAGAAAGUAGCUGCCAGCUGUUUGAAAGAGCUAAAGUCGGCAGGAGAGGCUAGUAUCGGCCAACGCAUAAUAAUGGAAUGUGUCAACUGUGAAAUCAACCUCCUGAAGAGAGAGGCGAAGAUGAAUGACUAUUCCAAAGCCAGUGUGGAGGCCCGGCUGAGGGAGAUAAGCAAGCUGGAUCAGUGGCUGCAGACUGCAGUGAGGGAGGGGGAUCCUCAGGCCAUACAGGCAGUGUGUGCUACCCAGUGGAGCUCCUGCCUGCCCCUCCUGCAGCACAACCUCAGGAAACGCAUCAAGACACCUCUGCUCAGUGUGGCCCAAGUACUGGAAGACAUGCAAAGUAUGUUGCUGGAGAUGCGCUGUCAAGUCCACUCAGAGCUGGCAGUGAUUGAAGAGGAGGAGGGGCGCCUUGAGGCUUCCUUGACUCACCUUCAGAAAGCCAUGCUGUUGGAUAACGGGACACAACGAGAACGCCUGUUGUCAGCUCUCCGCCUCCUGCAGCUCAGAGGGACCCUCUACCAAACGCCCUCCCGGACCGAGGAUAAAGCCGCUAUGCUUAUGCAGCAGGCCAGGGACAUGCAGCCCCAAGAGAAGACAGACAGUCGUCCCAUCCUGGUUGCUGCGGGUCUCCUUUUGGCCCCCGAUGAUUUCCAGGUGGUGCUGGAUGCAGACAACACCUCCAAAAUUCCCAUAGGCAGUCUUGGAUCUGGACCAGUGGCUCAGCUCUCUGCUAAGGCUCAACAUCACUCUACAUCUGUAUGGAAGGUGGAUGGAUACCUGGCCAGACAAGGAGAUGACACAGAUAACACAGAGAGGGUGAAGUUGUGGGCAACCCUGGUAAAGACAUCCAGGAAACAGGAAGUUUGGGAUGUGUGCCGAGCUGCUUGUCGAUUCUGUUUGCUUUACGAUGACGGGAGAUGGAACAUUUCCAGGACUGACAAAUGUAGAUGCUCGGAGGAAGAAAGCUGUGCAGAAUGUCUUCACGGUUGCAAUGGAAGCCAAACCUGUGUGAGGGACUUGCUGCGCCUUUUAGCUGAAAUCCGCUUCAUCAAUGCGGAGGCCACUGUCCAAAAGCUGCUAACAGAGGGGGUGCAGCUAAACAGCCCUGCUGUCCCUGCAGUGGAGUGUGUGUCUGAAGAGGAUCCACCAUGGGCUGUUUACAGAGACUGGAUCCAGGCUUUGUCUGCCUACGCCACCUCCAACUUCUUGCGGGCAGCGGAGCUCGGAGCAGAGAUCAGGGAGCCGUGGGUGGUAGCGAAUGCAGCCAUUUACCUGUGGAAUUACAGCAGCCACUUGUUGGCAGCUGGGGAGUACCUACGCCUGCUUCCCACCUUCCAGAGUCUGGUGGAGAUGAUCCAAAAGACAGAGUACACUGGAAAUCGUGCUCUCUUUGUGCUGCUGUGUGAUGCUGUGGCCCGGGGUUUGAUCCAACCUCUGUGUGGACCAGACCACAUCGAGCCAGCCCCGCAAGGAGACAAGAGCAAAAACAGAGCUGAGAAGGGGAUGGAGAAGGCUGCCAGUGUCGCAGGGGGUUUCUUAGACCCUGCUGCCAUGCAGGAUGUCCGCAAAGCCCUAGAGCUGUGUGACUACGCCCUGCGCAUAUCCAACUGCAACAGCCCAGGGGAGACCGUCCCCAUUGCAGCAAGGAAACAGGUGGUGGCCACAUGGGUGCAGAUCAAGAGGCUCUUGCAACAGCAGAUUGGCUCAAAGAUGGACACUAAAGAUGAGUGCGAGAAUGAGGAAGUGUCGGCGAUGACGCGUGUGCUGGUUGGAGUGGAGAUGCUCCAGUGCAAUAGGGACCCCAGGCAUAUGGAGUUCUCUGUUCCCAGUCUCUCCACACUGGUGAGCAUGGUGUCUGAAUGCAACUGGACUGACGUGGUGGUAGAGUUGCAGGUGUGCUGCCAGCUGGCUGCUUUCUGCCAUGAGUCCAAGGACCACAGCUCGGUGUUGUGCUGUACCAAGAGAGCUCUGCAGCUGGAAGAAGCAGCGGCAAAGAGUCUCAACACCAUCCCCUUUGUUUUCUAUGGCCUGACUGCGGUGAAUGAGAUGCUGAGCAGUGCCGCUUGUUUAAGGGGUUUGAGUUUAGUCCAUGAGUCCAAUGGGGAUCUACACACUUACAAAGAGGCUAUGAAGGUGCUUCUGUCCAGUGUCAGCUAUGCAGAAAAGGCUGAGAAUCCAGCAUUGUGUGUCAGAGCUGCCAGACAUUACUGGAACACUUGUCUACCCCUAACACAGACUCCUGAGGAAAGAUGGCAGCUGCAAGGGCCCCUGGAGAAGAUCCUGAUUGCUCUGGUUCAUACCAACACUAAACAUGCCAAUAAACAGGGCAAAGUGAAAGGCUUGCUGACCUUGACAGAAAUGCCUCUUGGGAACUCUAAACAUGAAGCAACAGAUGAAGAGGUCCUAACCCUGAGAGCAGACAUUUAUGCUUUGUUGGUCCACAUCCACAUUGAUAAAGCAGACUGGAACAGUGCUCUGCAGCUCCUGGACCGAGCUAUUAGAGACAUGCCUCGCACCAGACACAGACUACCUCUGCUGAAACACCGAAUACUGGUAAAAGCACAACUGGGGGAAAGUGUACAGAUGGACAUGCAGAAGUUACAAGAUGAAGGAGAGCAGUGCUGUUCAUUUAUGUGGCACCGGGUGGCACUGUGUGCUGGCAGUAUAACCCAACAGCUCACCUGCUACCAGAAAUCCAUCACCUCUCUGUUGAGUAUAGAGACUCAGUGGCAGAAGGUCAGCCUCCUGCUAGAAUUUGGAGAGUGGCUGUACUGUCACAACUUCCCCAAAACUGAUGCCCAACACCAUGUUCAAUGGGCCGUAGACAUCCUUCUACACGUGGAGACUGAACAGGAUGACGGAGCAGAAGAUGAGUCCAAAAAGAGGGUUUUGAGCUCAGUGAAAUGUGAGCCCCUGGUAGGAGUCCAGGGCUUGGAUUUUACACAAAGUUUGUCUAAUCUGAAGGAGGUGCGGUGCCUUGACAGCCUGGUACAGGCACACAUUCUGCUUGCUGUCAUGGCAGGCAAGACUUCUCCUGAGCACCAGCUUAACCUGCUCAGAGCUUACACCUUUGUACUUCAAAUAUGGCAGGUGUCCAUGGCAGUGGCUUGUGAGAUUUCCAGUGAGAUGGCAAAGAGUCAGCCAGCCCAGCCCCCUCCGUCUGCUGGAUCCAAAAUAGGCAAAGACAAGGGCAAAGGCAAAAAAGUCAAAGAUCCUCCCCCUGCAGAAGAGAGACCUAAACCUGUUGUCUUGGAUCAGGCAAUUCCUACCACCCCAAAGGACUGGGCUCGCUACGUCUGUCCUGACCAGGCCAGGCAGAUCUUCAGAACCAACAGUAACCCCCACUGUAUCAGUACACACAGCAUUACAAAGCAGACUCAGAGCCUGUUUUAUCUGAACCUGCUGGAAAAAGAGCUUCACUCACUCUCACUCGACCACCUGACCCUGCCCAUAAUUCAUCUAGCUGAGACCAUUGCUCAUGACCUUUUGGAUAGGAGGAGCCUCUCCGACCUCUACCGACUGAGAAUUGUGAGGACCUGUCGUCAGCUGGGUUUGGAGACACAUUCCCCAUAUCAGGAGAAGCUCCUGAAUCUGAGUGGAAUCCAAGAACAAGAACAGAUGGGGUGCCGCAAAGCGAUUGCUUUUUCUCAGGAAAGGAGAGGCCUUCACAAAGCUUACGAUCAGAAAUGUGAGCUGGAUGCAAAGGCUGGGUCAGGGCAACAGACUGUGGAUGUCUGUGCUCAGGACAUUUGGCUGGACAAAGCUGAGGUUUGCCUCAGUAUGGGGCUCUAUCAACCCGCCAGGCAGCUCCUGGCAGAGGCCCAAUUGGUGGCUAUGGAGCUCGGAGACCAGAAAGCAAUAGCAAGAAGUUUGCUUAGUCUGGCCAUUCUGGGUUGUGAAGAGCAGAACUAUGCCCAGGCUCUGAUCCUGCUGGACAAAGCCCAAGCCCUGGGUGGGGAGGGGGAGUUCUGGUACCAGCUCACCCUCACCAAGGUCAGAGCUGUAGUAGGCCAGGGAGACAAAGAUGCAUACAAGGCUGAUCAGAUUAUAAAACAAGGCUGUGGGGCUCUGAAGCUACUUAUGGAGCAGCAAGUAAACCGAGUCCCAGAACUCACAUUCUUGAUCACUUCAUUAGAGAUGAGAGGUGCCAUUGAAUGUAUACAUGCCCUUGGUGGUGGUGAACCGGGAAAGACACUGAGCCCAGGGGUUGUCCAGAGACUAAUGGCCGCCUGCAAUACACUCAGAGAGUGUGCCAGUGGUUUCACUAAACUCAGCUACAGAGAACAUGCAGCAGAGGCACAUGUUGAGAAUGCACAUGGUCUGAGAAUCCUAGCCAACCAUACGACUUACACCGAGGACAAACAGCGCUUCCUGCUCGAUGGCCUCUCCCAAAUGCAGCUAGCUGUUACAGAGCAGGAACAUGUGGUGCUGAAUGCACAGAGGCUGCUCUCCUCACAGGAGGAGAGUCAUGAACUGUCACUGGUGGCCAUGCGGAGGCUGCUGCGCCUGCGCCUGGCCCUGAUCGAGUUUUGUUUGGCCAUACUGGAGGAACAAUGUGCUGAGAAGACACGUCAAGCUAUGGCCCGUGAAAGAAUGACCUCUGCUGAGAUAGCACUGGAGGAGUAUACACGCUGCACACCUGAGCCCAACUCUAUAGAGCAGGAAUGGUUGAGUCAGGGCAGCACCCUGGGGCAGGUGGCUCUGGGCCAGCUGGCUGCACUACGUUCUCACUCCCUGGACAGUAUGGAGACCAGAGCUGGCUGCCUGAGUCUGAUAGGAAAGUACCUCAGACUGCUGGCUGUGCAGGAGGACCCUGUUUAUCUAUGUUCUCUCUGGAACAGACACAAACAGAAGGGGGCCUGGUCUGACCCUGGAGCUGUUUCUGUGGAAAAGGAGGAUUCAGAGAAAGAGAAAGACAGAGGAUCAAGCAGAAGAGAGCCGAGGGUGACCUCUGCCAAAAGUGCUGAGCUGCAGCAGAGGAGGCAUAGAGCUCAGCAGCUGUUGGCACAGGCCAGUAAGUCGCUGGCUGAGGCCGUCAGCCUGUGCCUCCAACACAAGCUGCCUUCCUCUAUCCUGGCUGAUGCCUCUCUCAACAUGUUGGAGUGUCAUGGCCACUCUGACCCUGCAGUGGCAGGUCAAUAUCUUGCCCUGUUUCAGAGCUGCUGCACUGUUGCUACAAUGACCAAGGUCCUAAGUUCUGCCUGCGCUGGCACUAGUGAGUCGCAACUCUCUGCUCUGCUCAGCCUUCGCAGGAAACUGCUCUUCUCUCAGGAGGAGAGGCCCAGCAGCAUGCUAAAGGGAGUGGAGGACUCCCUCAAUAGCCUCUCCAAGGCCUUCAGCCACCUGACCAUCCAUCCCAGCCACCUAAACAUCCUUGCAGAGCUUCCGCCCAACCUGAAGAUCCUACUGCUUCAGCACUCUAAAGACGGGUCAGAACUUUACGGGGCCUUCUAUGAGAUGACCAAAGCUCCAAAUCAAAAGGGAAAGUCUACGCAAGUUACAGGUAGCCUGACGUGCUCUAGGGUGACCAAGGUUUCAGUCUACCCACAGGCUCUGCUGGCACUGAGGGAGCAGACUCAGGCUUUUGGCCAGGAGACUAGACAUGCCCUCCUCAAGGAAGCCUGUUGGCACGUAGCUGAGGCAAGGCUGGAGGCCUCCACGGAGCAUCAGAAAACUGCUCCAGAGGAAAUGUUAGCACCUCGCUUCAGAGAACUUGUACAAGAUAUGGAAGACUAUUUGAAUCCACUUCUCACACAGUUUGACUUGUCUUGCUUAAGGCCCCAGGCUGCAUCACUACCAGUCCCUGAAAUGACCAAAACCAAAGAUAAAGAAGCAGAAGCAGGGGAGUAUGUGGUGUUACUGGCAGACAAGAAGUUGCUGGAGCUGCCGCUAGAGGCCUUGUCCAUCCUGCAGGAGGAAGGCCUGAGUUCUGUGUCACGAGACUUCUCCCUCCAGCUUCUCCACAGUCGCCUGAACAGAGAAGAACCAGAGAAAGUUGAAAGUGACAACAAAAAGGAGACCAAAGGUGGCAAAGGAACUAAGGGGAAGGGAGAUCAAAGCCAAGCCAUCAAAGUGAUACCUGCAAAUCGUGUGCUGCCUUCUUACACAUCCCCAGUGGACACACGUAACUUCAAAUAUAUUGUUGACCCUCACAAUGAAGGCGUUUUUGGGGGGACCAGUCUGAGCACGAGGAUGAAGGAGACUUUGGAAACCCACAGCCAGAAUUUUACCCAUCUGUGGGAGGGCUUCAUGGGAAGCAAACAAAUGCCCAGCCUGUCAGAGACGGAGCAGCUGCUGUGCAGAUGCAGUGCGUUCAUUUACCUGGGGAUGGAGCGCUUCAUGGCAAACAUUCCACCUGCCAAACUAGCAGCCCUUAAUCUGUCUGAGUGUCGCGUCGCUCUGCUGUUUGACCUGGUCCAGAACAAUGCCAGUGUCCUCCGCCAAUCAAACUUUGACAUGCACAAGAGUGCAGGACAGUUUGCCCUGGAGAAACCCCUUGAGACUGCUCUGCUGCUGAGUUUGUGUGGUGUCAGCUGUAUUGUCCUCAACCAGUGGCACAACAGCCUUCAACAGAACACACACAAUAUGGCCAGGGUUCUAGACGAUCUACUGAGGGUCAGACAGACCUCCGGUCAGACCAUCCAUGCCCUGAGGAGAGGGGACAGUUCAGAGAUACCACAUCACAAGGAUACAGAAUCAUAUGAUCAAGUUCUCCUCACUGACUCAAAGGAACAUGAUGUUCACCACAAAACAACUCCAACACCAUCAGCCUUCAACUGCGUUCUUUAUGGCCUCCCUAACUUAAUUGUUACAUAAUGUACUGCAUGUCCUCAAUAUCACCUCGCCUAUAUUUCAGUUCAAGAUGAUUAAAGCCAUACGUGUCAGCCAACUAAAGCUACUGGAGUAUGAGGGGGUUAAACAUUUCAUUAAAGAUGAUCCUUAAUUCAUGCCUUACAUUUUCCAACCCAUUCCAGCUUUAUGAGAAUACUGAUUUAAUACUUGAUAUUUUUUAUAUUGUUUUUACCGUACACAGCAGACGUUAAGAUACAAUACGCACUGUGCCUGGCUCCAUAAAAUAAAGCUACAGCCAAGGCUCUCGGAGAGGGGAGCUUACAGUGACUCACUCUAUACAUGUCUUGUAUUAUUAAAAUAGCAAUGUUACUGCUAACAUUGUGCUCACAAGUUGUACCUCUGGGAUCUCUGCCUCACAGAUAACACUCAAUAUAUUGAGUGUUCAGAGUGUGCUGUCCACAUCAGUCACCAUGAUUACCAAUAUUUCAUUGAUGCGGGUUAGUAUCGGACUUUACCAAAUUGAAUGUGAGGAAUGAUUUCCAGCCAGAUAAACACUUGACAGGACCGGCAGCCCUGCUGUAACAGAUAUACAAUGCUGAGGACUGAGCUGGAAAGCGAUGCCUCAUGGUUAGGUAUGCUUUGAGUUAUUGCUUUGUUUUCUUAUAUCUGUUAGUCAAGCCUUGUUAAAUUGUAGCUUUCAUGACAAUUAAAGCUGAUUUAAUCUUU